AUGGUUCUACAUCGCCAACAAGCUCAGUUCGACAGGUCAAGAUGGUGCAUGGCGCUGCUUGUGCCUCUUUGGAUCCUCCAAUUACUCGUCUGCCUCGUCGUUGUCGCCCUUUUCUCUUGGCGUCUAUCCGAUACACUAAGAAACUGGGAAACUGAGGAGGAAACAAAGGGGAUGUUUCCCAUGGUCGAGGUCGUAUGGGAAUCUGUCAACAUGGCCUUCUCCCUCGUCUGCCUAUUUUCCACAUUUUACGAAAUCUCAAAGCUCGCCUCCGAAACCUUGACACCCUGGACCAUGCUUUUCACCCACAUCUUGAAGAUCGUUUGCUCCCUGGCCGUUUUGGCCCUCGAUGUCGUCGUCUUUGUGCAGCGAAAGGACAGCCACUACUCAGUCGUCGGUCUCGGCUUAGACUGCUUUUUCCUCAUUCUGGUUGCCAUCCCAGGUAUCUACUCGAUCCAGACGUACCGCCGACUCGCCAAGUACGACGACUACCACUACCCCGUAAACCAUAAGCCCUACGGCUUCAACGACCUCGAAGGCGAGACCUACUAUAACGGACGCCUCUCCAUCGGCGGCCUCAGCCUCGCAGACCACUCCCUUCGUCGGAUAUCGACAUCGUCCACAAAGUCAUCGACUCAAAAACAGGAAACACCACAGAUGGCACAGCACCAGCAAGAAUCCGAAGCGACCUCCCUUCAGCGCAGACCCUCGCAGUAUAACAACGAAAGAGAUACGCAGUUCGACAGGUACAUGGUCGAGCGCGCCAUGAAUAACGAGUUCGGUUGGGCGAACAACAGCAGCCCCGGCGUGGAUCCCCUCGGCCGCAGCGACAGCUACGUCGGCAGCGGGUCCAUGUCAAACGGAAAGGUCGUUACGCGGGAGAGCAUGGGUCGCGCGCCGAGCUGGGGCAGCUCGCAUGUUCUUGUCGCCGUCCCGGAGAUGGACGAGGAGGAGGCGGCGCACGGCCGUGGGGGAGACAUGCAGGCGCUCUUGGGACAUAGGAGACAGGACAGCGAUGACAGUCUCGGACCCGGCAGCCCACCGAUUUUGGCGGCUAUGCCGCCGCCACCCAGGAUCGAGAUUGAGGAGUCGGAUAUUGUUAGUGGCGGUGCUGGAGAGAACUCGUGGGAGCGGAAGCGCAAGAGGAGCCAAUAA